UUAAGUGGUGCUUGCACUGCACACUAUACGAAACACAUACGCUGUGUUAUAAUAGUAAUGAAAUAUCAAACUACUGUGGCAGCAGCAUUAGAGAGUUUUAGAAAUUUUAGUGUCCUUUAGAUAUUUUUUUUACAGAAAACAGUCACUUCAGUAUAUAAUUAAAUAUCAUCAUUAUCAAAAUUUACAAUUACGAUUAGUACAACAAAUUAUAUCUGUAAUAACAUAUCAUAUCUUACUAUAUUUUUCGUACAUGAAUAGCUAGUUCAUAGCUGUUAAGCAGCUUACGUAUACAUUUUUUUUACGCAUGCGUAUAGUAUUACUGCGUCAGGCUGGUCGACCGGCGCGGAUUACGACACAUCUGAAAACGUAACCAACAAACGCCCCCACUGUGUGACUACAACAACAAAACUAAACCUAGGGACUGAACACUCCAUUGACGAUCGAUUCGCGAUGGACAAAGCUCGGUGUUACACAGUCAUGCCGGGACCAAGGCCCCUGCCUAUUCUCGGCAACUCAUGGAGGUUCGCAUUAGGCUGGAAACCAUGGAGAACGAAAAGGCUGGACUUGACGCUUUGGUGUUUACGAUCGUUAGCCGGCGCGGGCGGUGCCGCUAAAGUGGCCAAACUAUUCGGUCAUCCCGAUCUCGUUUUCCCUUUCUGCGCCGAAGAAACCGCGAGGAUAUACAGGAGGGAAGAUGCGAUGCCCCACAGAGCCGCAGCUCCAUGUCUGAAGCACUACAAACAAGAGUUAAGGAAAGAUUUCUUCGGAGACGAACCAGGACUUAUUGGAAUUCACGGAGAACCGUGGUCAAGAUUUCGGUCAAAAGUAUCCAAAGCAUUAAUAGCUCCCGAAGCGGCACGUGCUGCUGUACCGGAGUUAGAUUACGUCGCUAAUGACUUUGUUAUAAGAUUAGAACAUCUCCUUGAUCUGAACAGGGAACUUCCAAAAGAUUUCCUCACGGAGCUCUAUAAAUGGGCUCUCGAAUCUGUGGGCGCGUGGGCUUUGGGCACACGAUUAGGAUGUUUAAACGAUACCAAAACGGACGCUAAGGAAAUGAUAAAAUGUAUACAUGGAUUUUUUCACAGUGUACCCGAAUUGGAGUUGUCCGCACCGUUAUGGAGAAUAUAUUCAACGCCCGCUUACAAAACCUAUAUCGAAGCACUGGACUCUUUCAGAUUACUCUGUUUAAAAAGAUUAACUGAUAAAGGAGUCUGUGCUCAGGUGGCUAAAAAUUGCGGUCAGAAAGUAGCCACAAUCCUGGCUUUAGAUUUAAUGUUAGUUGGGGUGGACACAACAGCCGCCGCAGCUGCGAGCUCUUUAUACUUAUUAGCUAAUGUACCUAGGGCACAGAGAGCGCUUCAAAAAGAACUAGACACGAAUUUACCGAAAAAUAGGAUAUUGAAUGAUAAAGACUUGGACAAACUUCCUUAUCUGAAAGCUUGUAUAAAAGAAGCGUUGCGAAUGAAACCGGUAAUUUUGGGAAACGGACGAUGCAUUCAAUCGGACACCACCAUAUCUGGCUACAAAGUUCCAAAAGGCACUCAUAUAGUGUUCCCGCACUAUGUAUUAUCGAACGAAGAACGAUAUUUUCCGUCACCGCACGAAUACGUGCCUGAACGUUGGUUACGAGAAAACGAUAUUGCCGGCAAAGAUCAAUAUCCCAUAAAAGCGAUGAAUCAAUUCGAUAAGAGGCAUAGCUCGGACGAGAUAUCGAGAACAUGCGAUCGUACAGUAGUGUCGGACGUUUGUCGCAAGCAGAAGGAAAUAGGGAUACACCCGUUCGCGUCACUCCCCUUUGGAUUUGGUCGACGGAUGUGCGUCGGGAAGAGAUUCGCCGAAGUCGAAUUGCAACUUUUACUGGCCAGGAUAUUUCAAAAAUAUAACGUAUUGUGGAGGCAUCCUGAACUGACCUACAGCGUAACGCCCACAUAUAUACCGAAUGAAUCUCUCAAAUUUACAUUGAACAAGAGAAAUGAGUAGUAUUCUUUUAUUGAUGUUUAACUUUUGGCCAGCUUAGUACAUCUUUAGUUUCUAAUCAAAUUAAAUGGGAUAGUUGUUGCGCUGGGUUUCACUAGACAAAAAUAAUAUAGCGAAUAGAAGUAAAGUGAUUAAAUAAAAUUGCCGAAUUUCAACACGCAUUACUGGAAAAAUAGCAAACGAGUUAGAAUUUUAAAUUCGAACCACUGAUACGAAUGAGAUUUGGGGUAGUUUUUAAUGUACAACUCCUAAUUGAACAAUGUUUAAAAAUAUAUAGUUGUAGGACCACGUGCCUGUUGUCAUGACCACAAA